AUGAUGGACCUGGAGCUGCCGCCGCCGGGGCUGCCGACCCAGCAGGAAAUGGAUUUGAUUGACAUACUUUGGAGGCAAGAUAUAGAUCUUGGGGUGAGUCGAGAAGUAUUUGACUUCAGUCAACGACGGAAGGAGCAUGAGCUAGAAAAACAGAAAAAACUUGAAAAGGAAAGACAAGAACAACUCAAGAAGGAGCAGGAGAAAGCCUUUUUCGCUCAAUUACAGCUAGACGAAGAGACAGGUGAAUUCCUCCCAAUUCAGCCAGCCCAACAUAUCCCGUCAGAUACCAGUGGAUCUGCCAACUACUCCCAGGUUCCCCACAUUCCCAAACCAGAUGAUUUGUACUUCGAUAACUGCAUGCAGCUUUUGGCAGACACAUUCCCGUUUGUAGAGGACAAUGAGGUUUCUUCACCUACGUUUCAAUCACUUGUUCCUGAUGCUCCCAGCCACAUCGAGAGCCCAGUCUUUACUGCUCCUAGUCAGACUCAGUCAUCUGAACCUGCUGUCCUUCAGCUAACCAGUGAUUUAGGUAAUAUGCAGCAGGACAUUGAGCAAGUAUGGGAGGAGCUACUAUCCAUUCCAGAAUUACAGUGUCUUAAUAUUCAAAAUGACAAGCUGGUUGAGACUAGCACGGUUCCCAGUCCAGAAACCAAACAGGCAGACACUGACAACAGUUACCAUUUCUACUCAUCGAUCCCUACACUGGAAAAAGAAGUAGGUAACUGUAGUCCACCUUUUCUCGAUGCUUUUGAGGAUUCCUUCAGCAGCAUCCUCACCACAGGAGACCCCAGCCAACUGACAGUGAACUCAUUAAAUUCAAAUGCCACCAUAAAUACGGAUUUUGGUGAUGAAUUUUAUUCUGCUUUCGUAGCAGAGCCCAGUAUCAACAACAUGUCCUCCUCGGCUACUUUCAGCCAGUCCCUCUCUGAACUUCUUUAUGGGCCCAUUGAUAUUUCUGAUCUAUCACUUUGUAAAGCCUUCAAUCAGAACCACCCUGAAAACACAGCAGAAUUCAAUGAUUCUGACUCUGGUAUUUCACCCAACACAAGCCCCAGCAUGGCAUCACCAGAACACUCAGUGGAAUCUUCUGGCUAUGGAGACACACCACUUGGCUUUAGUGAUUCUGAAAUGGAAGAGACAGACAGUGCCCCUGGCAGUGUCAAACACAGAGGUCCUAAAACACAGCCAGUUCAGACUCCUGGGGAGACAAUUCAGCCCCUGUCACCAUCUCGGGGGCACAGUGCCCCAGUAAGUGAUGCCCAGUGUGAAAACACCCAAAAGAAAGAAUUGCCGGUAAGUCCUGGUCAUCGCAAAACCCCCUUCACAAAAGAUAAACAUUCGAGUCGCUUGGAGGCUCAUCUCACAAGAGAUGAGCUAAGAGCAAAAGCUCUCCAUAUCCCAUUCCCUGUAGAAAAAAUAAUCAACCUCCCUGUUGAUGAUUUCAACGAAAUGAUGUCCAAGGAACAAUUCAAUGAGGCUCAACUUGCAUUAAUUCGAGAUAUACGUAGGAGGGGUAAGAAUAAAGUGGCCGCUCAAAAUUGCAGAAAAAGAAAACUGGAAAAUAUAGUGGAACUGGAGCAAGAUUUGGAUCAUUUAAAAGAUGAAAAAGAAAAAUUGCUCAAAGAAAAAGGAGAAAAUGACAGAAACCUCCACCUACUGAAAAAACAACUCAGCACCUUAUACCUAGAAGUCUUCAGCAUGCUCCGAGACGAAGACGGAAAACCUUACUCUCCUAGUGAAUACUCCCUGCAGCAGACGAGAGAUGGCAAUGUAUUCCUUGUUCCCAAGAGUAAGAGGCCAGAUGUCAAGAAAACCUAG